AUGUCAGACGACGAUAAUGAUGACCUUAAUUCCAAAGUUGCCGUUCUACUAAUUGGGGUUGGAGCAGCAGCUAUUGUGGCAACAAUUUACCACUGCCUUGCCAUGACUUGGUGCUGCCGAUACUGGGCCAGGCCUAACCCACAAGAGCCACAACUCCACGUGAACGAAACAGUUCUCGAAAAUUCUACAGCCCAAGUCAUCCCAUCCUAUGAGUACCCAAAGGAUACAGGCUUGACAGGUGAUAACGGAACUUGCGCAAUAUGCUUGAGUGAUUUUGAAGAAGGAGAGCUACUACGUGAAUUGCCGGAAUGCUUGCACUCUUACCAUGUGGCAUGCAUCGAUAUGUGGCUCUACUCCCACUCCAGUUGUCCCAUGUGUCGCACCGAUGCCAAGCAUUCUCAGCAAGUUUUCUUGAAUGCAAGGGAUUUAGAUUCUGAGAGAUCAUCAGAGCCAUAA